AUGGCUCUCAUUUUUAGAAUUUUGUAUAGAAACAAAAUAUUUCCUAAGGAUGUAUCAAUACCAGCAAAAUGGUGUUGUAAAAGAUCAAAUCACAUUAAAAUGUUAGGUAGUGGGGUUUGUUAUCAAAAUAACACUGUGGUGAAACCUUUAAUUGAUAGUAAUCAAUCGAAACUACUAGCACCAUUACGCCAGUGUUCGACACAAAGUAGCUCAAGCACUAAUAAACCACCAAAUGAUGCAGAACCUAAAAAGCAAGGACUUAUUCAAAGAUUUAAAGAAAUGUACAGAGACUAUUGGUAUGUGGUGUUACCGGUACACAUGACAACUUCUGCCAUAUGGUUUGGAAGUUUUUACUAUGCUGUAAGAAGUGGUUUUGAUGUCAUUAGUUUAUUGGAGUAUUUAAAUGUGAGUGAAAAAUUAAUGACACCAUUGAGAGAGUCAAGUGCAGGUUACUUUGCUCUUGCAUUUGCACUGUAUAAAUUGGUGACACCUCUAAGGUAUGCUGUCACUGUUGGUGGAACUACUUAUGCUAUCAAAAGGCUAACAGCUCUUGGUUGGAUCAGGCCUGUGCCUUCAAAGGAACGUAUUAAAGAAAUGUUUCAAGAAAGAAGAGAAAAUUUUCAAGAAAAAAUGCAAGAAAGUAAACAACAUUACCAAACACAAAUUAAAGAAAGAGGUAAUCAAGUAAUGGAAGAAAUGAAAAGAUAUAAAACAGAAAUACGCAACAUCAAAGAUAAAAUCAAGAAGAUGUGA